ACGAGCUUGUCGAAACAGGAUGGGCUUCCCGUGGGUGGAGGGCAGUGCUGCCUAGUAGUAGGCCGUUUGGACUGGGGUGACCCCUUCCUGACAGCCCACCGAGAAUCUGGUUUGCCUCCAUUAUAAAGCGUCUUGUUCUCCCCCAACCAUCGGCGCGAAUUGAACUUUCUUUAGUCUCGUUCUUUUGUACUCUCUGUCUUUGGAACUUGCCAAACAAAGCGAAAGUCCAUCACGCUUGGCUGUCGUGACGCUUUUUUUGUUAGCGCAUUUGUCUCUCGUUUGAAAGCCCGGAGAUUCCGUUUUGCCAUCCAUCACAAUGGCUUGGACAGUCUAUGAAGGAGGAGAGCAGGUUGAUUUCAGCAUGCCUGCAUGGGGCUGGCCUCUGAUUCUUGUCAACUUCCUUAUUCUGCUUCCUAUCUCGUUCCUGGUCAACUACACCCUUUUCCACAUUUACCCUGUCUUCACCAUUAUUGAAGAUGAGAAUCCUCCUGCCUACGAACCCCUUCCUAUCAACGGAGGCAACGAUGAGGAGGCCACUGUUGGCUCUACGGCCAAGCCUACUGAUGGCGCCGCCCGAACAGUGACUUCUUCUCUUCGAUCCAUCAACCGUCUCUUGACUUCGCAUGGCGGGUGGAGGGCCAACACGCGUGGAUUCAUGUGUGCUUUUACCCAAAACGUCCUCACAGGCAUUGUCGCCUCCAUCUUCUCGUGGGGUCCCGUUAAGCCCUUUGCCGAACUCCUGGCCUCCUUGGUCCUGGUUCAAUUUGCAACUGCCUGGGUUCACAUUGUCAUUUCACACCCCUCUCCUCGGAGGUUCUGGCGCCGCCUGCCUCCUUUCAAGCGCGCCUUUGAUGCUACCUGGAAGGCUAUUGUGAUUUACUGGGCCGCAACUCAGGUACACAAGUGGGUUCCCUACCUGCUUGCUGUCCUCAUUGGCUUCGAUGCCCCGACUCUCGACAACUUGAAGAAGUCUAGCGGUGCCUCCGACGCUCUUCGCGACGGCGACAUUUCUUAUCUGAUCAAGGCUACCGUCUAUAUCCUCCUCAGCACAAUGCUGUACGUCGUCGUAAUCAUCCCCGCCCGUGUUGUCGUCGUCCGCAUUCAGGCUUCGCUCCUGCCCGAGGACGAAGACCCCAUCAUCCCCUUCGACCGAUCCUUCGAAGGCAAGGUUGAGCCCGCGGUUGUUGGUGGACUUGGCUACGCCACCAUUAGCGACGCUUGGUCUACCUUUUCCAAGGCCGCCUGGCGACGAGUGGUUAUCCUGUACGCCAAGAUUGUCGGCAUCUUCGCUUUCGUUUCUCUUUUGUCGUGGGUCAUUAUUAUCCCUACCUGCCUUGCCAUUAUCAAGGCUGGAUCAAAGAGCACCUGAUUGCUCGCUCUACAACACAAGCCUCUCAUGACAAUGUCUAUUGAAUGGGGGUAGCUAUUCAUCACCUAAAGUUGGCUAUCUACAAGCAACUGCAUGGAUUUCAAGUGCUGAAAUGGGAUGCGAAGGAAAACCUUUUGUUGAUAGGCACUGCACGGUACUUACUUAGGUAGUAGAUACCAAGUUCCUCAAAUAUCUGCUACUGUCACUAUUUUCUGAAACUAUUGCUAUUUUUAUUUUUUAUUUUUAGUAUCUGCUACUAUGGCGAUAAAGUACUUGGUAUUAUGACUAAAUUUCUUUGGCAUCAUAGCUAUGUUCCUCUACUACUUGAUAUCAUCACUAGCUUUAAAUUUAAGACAUGAGAUGCCGAAUAACAAAUUGAGUGUGCCGAA